GCACUGAGUUUGUGUUAAGGAACGUGACGGCACAGCGAUAAAAGUGAGAUCAGCUGAUGGGAAUUGAGUCACAAGUGAGAAAAGCAAACUUCUUUGUCUUCUUUUUGCUUUCUCUUCGUGUGGCAGCAGGACGUCUGGUAAAACGUUGGAAUCGUCGUAUUGGAUUUGGUGACUUUAUCGCGCCCUUCUGCAAAGGUUGAAGCUGGUUUUGAACACAGAGAAGACGAAGGUUAUGCUGUUUUCCAGGGUUACUGCGCAGUCCAACAAUCUCCCAGUCUUAACUUGUCAAGGAAUGGAUCUUACUUUUCCUUUCGGAGCCGUCGUGAGACAGUCUUCUUUUGAUGGUGUCUUCUGGGCCUGAUGUCCACAAGGAAGACUGACAUCGAAGAUGUCCUUGGCCAUCCUAUCGUCUCCCGGGAGGAACGCUGAAAUUCCCGCCCUGGAGUUCAAAGUGGCGGUGCUGGUGGUCCUGCUGGUGGUCACACUGCUUUUUGGCCUGGUCCCUCUCUGCCUCGUGCAUGGGGCGGGGCCCUGCAGCAUCAGCCCAGAGUCACGCCGGCGCCUGCUGGCCUUGAUCAACUGUUUUGCGGGCGGGGUCUUCCUGGCCACAUGCCUGCUGGACCUCCUGCCAGACUAUCUCCAGGGAAUCUCUGCUGCCUUCUCCAGUGCAGGAAUUACGCUGCAGUUUCCUCUGCCCGAGUUCAUCGUGGCCAUGGGCUUCUUCCUGGUUCUGGUUCUGGAGCAAGUGAUUGUGGCCUUCAGGGACCAGUCGUGGGCCCUCACUGAGGAGAGGCAGAGUCUGCUGGAGAACUCCAGCGUGCAGGCAGUUGACAGUGGGGAGGGGCUACCCCAUCAGCGGCGUCACACCAAGGAGCAGUCCGACUCUGCAUCAUCGGCCUUGCGCGCCUUUGUGCUGGUCUUUUCUCUGUCGCUGCACUCGCUCUUUGAGGGUCUUGCGGUGGGCCUGCUCGGGCAGGUCGAGGAGGUUCUGGAGGUGUGUCUGGCUCUGGUCAUCCACAAGAGCGUCAUCUCGCUCAGCCUUGCCUUCACGCUGGUUCACGGCCGCCUGCGUCGGCCAUUGGUCAUCGCAUGCCUGCUGCUCUUCGCCGCCAUGGCACCGCUAGGCGUCGGACUGGGUGUUGCCCUCUCAGAGAGCAAAACAUCGCCGCAGGGGCGGCUGGCUUGCUAUACAUUGGAGGGUAUGGCGACGGGUACCUUUAUCUACAUCACUUUCAUGGAGAUCCUGCCGCACGAGCUUGGCCAUGGCCGGGGCCGCGUGGCCAAGGUGGCUGUAACGCUGCUGGGCUUUGCCGUGGUCACCGCCGUGCUCUUCAUCAAGAUGUAACAGAUGUAACAGGGUUGUGGAGUGGAACAUCACUGCAAAAGAUGGUUGCUGUGGAAACCUGCCAUAGACAUGAUGGCACUGAUCUGCAGGCAUAGUCAGAUUUGUUGGUCAUGUGACGACACCAGAAACUACAUCAAAAAUGUAAAACACUUUUUUUUUUACUUAAAUCUGAAGAGAAAUAAAACCCCAACAUAACAUGAAACCUAAUUUGUCUUGUAAUUACAAAAUAUUGAAUUCUUUAUUUUCUUUAUUAAUGCUAUAAACUUCUGUCUUUUAGGGCAGACGGCAUAGUUCCAUUGCUGGCCAGGGUUGAGUCAGGAAGUGCAUCUGACGUAAAAACUAUGCCAAAACGAUUAAUGCGAUUGUCUUGCUGAGGCUAGCCCGGCCUGGCUAUUUGACCUAAAGCAUCCUCACAGCGACACGGUUGACAGAGUUCAAAGUGUCAUUUCAAGGAAGCGCAGUAAGCAGUCUGGCCGACAGGCGGCGCCCUGCUCCCUUCUUCCGACUAAUAAGCUUAUGAAGACAGAAGACUCACGUCGACGUUAAGACCUCACUCGCUUUGUCUCCGCGUAUUGUUACAUUGGAAACCGAACACAAAAUGAUAACAUGUCUCAUUCUGACAAAUGCUCUCUCGUUAUUGAAAAGUUUUUAAAAGAAGAAACUGUUUGAAUCGACGUGGUGAACUGUUUGCCAACAUGCAUGACCAUGUAUGGAGAGAGGGCGGUGCUGGCUCACUUGAUAGCCACGCCUUAUAGUGCCACUGGACUCUUGGAAUUGUCCGUGAUGUUGUCUUCAUUUCAUUUUGAACAAUUUUGUCUUCCCUGAAUGAAUGAAAAAAUAUAUAUAUAUAUAUAUAUAUAUAUAUAUAUAUAUAUAUAUAUCUAUAUCAU